CACGCGGCCCGUGUCCGCGUCUCUCUCAGCCAGUCACUUGAUCGUCGAUCGACUCUCCCUCCCGCCGAACCCGAUCGAGCCUCUCCUCUCCCUCGCCGCCCGCCGUCGAGUCUCCUGCAGAGUCUCCGUCGUCCUCGAGACUCUGAUCGAGUCUUUUCUCUCUCCCUCCGUCGUACCCGAUCGAGUUACCUUUCUCUCACACCGCACCCCUCUGUUUCCCGCACGGUUUAAGGUGAUCAAGGGAAGAAACAAUGGGAGUCAUAGAAAACGGGACGAUCUCGGGUACUUUGCCGAGCACAGAGGCUUUUGUAGUGCACUAUCCAGGGUACCCCUCAUCGAUUUCACGAGCCGUUGAUACUCUUGGAGGAAUUGAAGGGAUUAAAAUGGCAAGGGGAUCUGCCUCAAACAAGCUCGAGCUGCGCUUCCGCCCUGAAGACCCUUAUGCACAUCCCGCCUUGGGAGAACAAUGUUCUUCUAACAGUUUUUUGUUAAGAAUCUCUAAGAAGGAGCUCACUCAAGAUUCUCGGCCUGAAAGUCAAACAGUUCUUGCCACUACUGGAGUCGAACCAUGCUUAUCAGAAGAUCGCCCAGCCCUGUGCUGUGAUAUCGUUUCCCGUGUCUCUGGUUCUUAUCAUUUUGAUGGCAUGGCCGACUAUCAGCACGUUAUUCCGAUUCAUGCCGAUAUUGCGCAGAAGAAGAAGAGAAAGUGGAUGGAGAUGGAGUCACUUGCAGCAAACAGUGAUCUCAUGGAUCUGGCAGACGAAGACGUGAUGAUGUUAUUGCCACCUUUUUUCGCACCCAAAGAUAUACCAGAAAACUUGGUGCUACGACUACCAGCCUCAUCUGGUUCCAAAAAGAAAGAGGAGGUGGCAGCUCAGAACUCUUCCGAGAUUGAUACGGGCCCGAUAUUUGCAAUCGAUUUCGGUGUCAAAGAGAUACCGAAGAUAUUAAACUGGGAAGACUUUAUUGUCCGUGGCUCCAACCAAUGGCAAUGGCAGGAAGCAGUGUCUGCACUGUUUGAUGAGCGGCCCAUAUGGCCUAGAGAGUCUGUGGUUCAACGGCUACUUGAUAAAGGUUUUAAAUGCACACAUCAUAUGUUGAACAGAUUUUUGCUUAGGGCUGCAUAUUAUUUCUCAGGCGGUCCAUUUCUUAGAUUCUGGAUUAAAAGAGGCUAUGAUCCACGGAUAGAUCCUGAGUCUCGGAUAUAUCAGAGAAUGGAAUUCAGGGUUCCACCUGAGUUACGGGGUUAUUGCGACGCUAAUGCAACUAACAAAUUAAAGCCGAAAUGGGAUGACAUUUGCGCUUUUAAAGUCUUUCCUUUCAAGUGCCAAACAUUUUUGCAGUUGUUUGAACUGGAAGAUGAGUACGUUCAGCAAGAGAUAAGACAACCUCCGAAACAGACUACUUGUAGCUAUAAAACAGGAUGGUUCUCCGAAGCCACACUCGAGACUCUGAGACUCCAUGUGUCUGUGAGGUUUGUGUCUGUGUUUCCUGAACCUGGUUUCGAGGAUGUGUUUAAAUCUAUUCAAGAAGAGUUUGAAAGAUCUAAGAUGAUACGCACCCACAAAGAUGCAAUGAAACCAUGUCAAGAGAAGCACCGGGAAACAACUAAAGACUGUGACAGGAAACAAUCUGCAGAUGAUGAUGAUAACGAAAAGUCUAAAAGCUCAAUGGAUGAGAAAGGAGAUGAUAUUAACGUGGAAGAAGAUGAUGAAGACCUAGAUGAACCUGAGGAGCUCGAUCUGGCUGCAGAUGAUGAUGAGAUUUCGCUUGACUCGCAUGGAUAUCUUGAUAUGGAGAACAACUCAAGAACAUAUCUGCAAGGGCUGUUUGAUAGUUUCCCAACUGUAGACCCGGGUUUCGUACAAAACUACGGUGUUGAUGAUGGGAGUGAUGGAGAAUAUGAGAUAUAUGAGCAAGAAUCUGAUGGCGUGUGUUCCGAUGAUGACAUUAACAUAGAUGAUGAUGAUGAUGAUGAUGAGUGAGGAAAAUCUGUCUUGCGACCUGAGUAGAAACCCAGACUUGUUUAAUGUAGAGAUGAUUUCAGUCCGGUGAAUAAAUCUUCCUCCGGCUGCAAUCUCCGGGAAGUUUCUGACCGUCGGAGAGGUUUGAGAUAUCAUAGAUACAGGUACUCUGUUUGACACAAGGCUGAGAGAUCCGAUGCAACAAAUUGGGCAUGGUUUAGCUAUUUUUGCCUUUUACUUGUAAUGUUUUAAUUUUUGAGAAAUUCCUGUUUUUUUUUUGUUA